AUGGGGAGAUACUCAGUUAAAAGAUAUAAGACUAAGAGAAGAACCAAGGAUCUGGACCUUAUUUUUGAAGACCUGGCUUCUCAGCAGAAGAUUCAGCAACUUUUAAACCAGCCUGUAGAUGAGACAAAACCUGGCUUGGGUCAGCAUUACUGUAUACAUUGUGCAAAGUAUUUUGAAACAGCAGUUGCAUUGAAAACGCAUUUGAAAGGUAAGAUUCAUAAGAGGCGUGUGAAGGAGUUGAAGGGAGUUCCAUACACUCAAGAUGUGGCCAAUGCAGCGGCUGGGAACGAUGUGAACAAGUUUUUGAAUAGAGUGGAACAGAUCACAACUUCAAUAGGGCCUCAAAAGAUUCAGAAUGAGGUGCUCUUACAAGAGCAUUUUAAGACUACUUUAGCUAAUGUGGCGACAACAGAACCCACACUUCCGUGUGUGGCGCAGAAUUCUGAAGUAGUUGCAACUUCUGUUGAUGAUCAAAUAGUUAUGGUAGAUAAGGAUGGCGAGGUUUCUAUGCAAUGA